CUCCAGCGGGCGGGCGGGACACCUGCUCCCGGAGGGGCUGCGGACCCCGCAGGGGCGGGGCGGGCGCCGGGACGGGGCGCCGGGGCGCACGGGGGACCCUCACGGUGAGGAGACUAGGAGGCAGGGCGGGAGUUUGGGAGCAGCCCUGUCGGCUCGGCUUUCUCGGGCCGGCUGCCCCGACCCCCGCUCCCGACCCCUCAAGGCACCGCUCACCAAGCCGGGUAGUGCAGCCUUCAGCCGCUGCAGCCUGCCAACAAGAAACAUGGCGGCAAGGGCGUCACUGGCAGGCUGGGGGCGGAGCCAGCCGCUCUCGCGAGACCCGUGUCUUCCCGCCUAUAUCCGGCGCGGCAGGCCGCUCUUCCGGUCUUUCGGCUCGGAGGUGGGCAAGGUGCAACUUUCUUCGGUCGUCCCGAAUCCGGGUUCAUCCGACACCAACCGCCUCCGCCAUGCCGCCGAAAUUCGACCCUAACGAAGUCAAAGUCGUCUAUUUGAGAUGCACCGGUGGGGAAGUCGGGGCCACGUCUGCCUUGGCCCCCAAGAUCGGGCCCCUGGGUCUGUCUCCCAAGAAGGUCGGGGACGACAUCGCCAAGGCCACUGGCGAUUGGAAGGGCUUGAGGAUCACGGUGAAGCUAACCAUCCAGAACCGGCAGGCCCAGAUUGAGGUGGUGCCUUCGGCCUCAGCCCUCAUCAUCAAAGCCCUCAAAGAGCCACCACGAGACAGAAAGAAGCAGAAAAACAUUAAGCACAGUGGCAACAUCACUUUUGAUGAGAUCGUCAACAUUGCCCGCCAGAUGAGACACCGGUCGUUAGCCCGAGAGCUCUCCGGCACCAUUAAGGAGAUUCUGGGCACGGCCCAGUCUGUGGGCUGCAACGUUGAUGGCCGCCACCCUCAUGACAUCAUUGAUGACAUCAACAGUGGCGUGGUGGAGUGCCCCGCGAGUUAGAACUACAAGAAGUGCUUCAAUAAAGUUUCUACAGAAGAGUGAA